CCUCUGCGUCAGUCGUUCGCGAAGCCUCGCAGGCGGUGGUUAGUGCGUAGUUGGGUAAUCGAUUUUAAUGUCUGUCGUCUUUCUCAUUCUUACCCCUUUAUAAAAAAAAUCGUAAAAUCAACAAAGGAAACGGUGCGCCUCGGGGGCGCUGCCGCAAGUGUACGGUGCCGAAUUUCAUCACGGUGAUUGACUUCGCUCCCAGUUCUUCUCUACACGGUCAAUAAUGAGGGACAUGGCGGGCAAGAUCGCCGAGUUGAAGUUCGAGGCACCCCUCGCACGUUUCGAGGAGGAAGACACAGCCAGUUUGAAGAAUAUGAAUUUACUGACAGAACAAUUGCUGGACACGAGUUUAAACACGAAUUACGGAGAAAAUUGUAACGCAAACGAGCCAGCCACCACGCACGAAAAUGGUACUGAUAUUCUCCAAGAGGGGACAUUCAGCCCCUUCAGUGGAAGUCUCGAGGACCUCGUUAACACCUUCGACGAGAAGAUAACAUCCUGCUUCCGCGAUUACGGCACGAACGUCGAGUCUCUAGCACCUGUGCAAGUACGGACGCAGGAAGAAAUUAUGAACGAGUGCCAAAUGUGGUGGACGAUUACCGGCACGUUUGGUAACAUAUUACCAAUCGACUGGAGCAAAUCGUAUGCUAGAAAAAUGCAUAUGCCCGCACUUAAUUUGAACGAGGCACCGGUCUCACAGGAAAGACCUGAACUAGAAGAUUUAAGUAGCGAAGAUGAGGCUGUUGCAACUGAUUUGGACAUGCAUGCUUUGAUCUUGUCCAGUAGCACCGAUACUCAUAGUCCAGAGGAACCGCUGAAGACUGCCGAAGAAGUGCUCCGUGAAAUAGACGAUAUAAUGCAGGAAAGUCCGUCGAUGGAAAGAUCUCCGGAUUCUGAUGGGUCUUUAUUAGAUAGCGACGAAGCGUUGGAGAGAAGCAGAGAAGUUCUGUGCUCUCCACUACACGAGAAAAAACUAAAACAAUUUACCUCCAGCCAACUGACUGAAUUACUCGGAGAAAUGGAAUCCUUGGUGGGAGCUUUGAGCGAAACUCUCAUUGCGGAACUUGCAUUACGCGAUGAGCUUGAGUAUGAAAAAGAAUUAAAAAAUCAAUUUAUUUCAUUAUUACUAGCAGUACAAAAUCGACGAAGACAGCAUCAUGUCACGAAAAAGAGAAAUCAAAUGCAAAAUGGUACUAGUCCUCUACCGCAACAUAGAUCGCUUCAAGAAUCUAAGUAUUUAACUACUGUAAUUCCAUACCAUACGGACAGUGGUCCACCAGACAAUCAGGCGUUACAAGUUCUCAUAAAAAUAUUAAAAGCAAUUAGCGAAGAUAGCCCAACUGUACCUACUUUGUUAACAGACUAUAUACUGAAAGUAUUGUGCCCUACUUAGUGAGCAUACCAUAAAUUGUCUGAAAA